GUUCAUAUUUUCCUUCCAUACAAUUUGUUGAUGUCCGUGUACGUACACUUUUCAAAAACUAUUAGAAAUUUUUGAGAAACCACUGUUUUAUUAGUCUGCAUAUUUUAUGGCCUGCAGAAUAUGAAAGGUUUAAUUUUACUAAAAUAAGCUAAUUAUAUUAUCAACGCGUUUUGAUUAUAUAUUUAUUAAUUUCAAAAUGUCCUAAAUUUCAAUCCAGUGUGACACUUCAGUUGUGCAACGCUGAUUUGGGAUUUAUUUAUAAUCUACAAUGGAAUAUCCAAUAUAUUUAAAGUGGCAACACAGACCCAUGAAAUUCGACUAACUUCUGGAUGCUUCCGCCAUUUCGUUUUUGCGUCAGAUGGACGAACGUGUCGGAACUCGCUACGUGUCAUUAAGAAAUUAUGCCUUUGUCCGCGGCUGAAAGGUGCCGAAGGUACCGCGAAAAUCUUAGACAAUCUAAUCCAGAAAAAUAUGAUUUAAUGAAAAAGAAGAAUGCUGAGAGAACAAAGGCUAAAAAAAGAAAAAUAGCGAAUAUGAGUGAAGAUGAAAAAUUGGCGAUGAGAAAGAAAUGGCGGGAUGCUAAACGCAAUAAAAAAGACGAAAAGGUAGAAAAGCUAGUCGUACCCAAUAAUGAUAAUAGGCAACGUCGCAAAUAUCGUAGUAAAUUACUACGUGAAAACAGGAUUUUGAAGGAAAAAAAUAAAAACUUAUGUGUGACAAAUGGCAGUCUUAAGAAAACUAUAUUAAGAUACAGAAAAAAAAUUAAUACUCUCACCAACCAAUUGAAUCAACUUAAAACAGAAAAUACAGUCGAACCUACAAAAUCCCCUACUACCCCUUUAAAAAAAUACAUAGAAGAAGAAAUUCCUGAUAUAUCUGUAGAAUCUAAACAGAAGAUAAGGAAGAAAUUAUUAGAAACUCGUGUUCUGCAAGAGUCUUUAAAAGAAACCUACAAUGAUAGUAAAUCAAACGAAGAAAAAAACGUUUUAAAGAAACUUCUUGUCAGUGAGUCAGUCAAGAAAUAUAAUAUGCAAUUUAAAAUAAGAAAAUAUUUGGGACUGAAGCGAGGUAUACGCCAUUAUUAUUCUAUUAAGCAGAAAAAAAUCAGGACAGCUAAAGAACUUACAAAAUUCUUUGAAAGAGACGACAUUAGUCGUAUGACAGCUGGUAAAAAAGAAUGUGUCACUCGUCAGAAGAUUAAAAAACAGAAACGAUUUUUGCUAAAUACCUUAUCGAACUUGUAUAAGAUAUAUAGAAGUGAAGGUGGAAUUUUGUCUUUUGCUUCUUUCAAGCGCUAUCGUCCGUUUUACGUUGUAUCUCCGCAUGUAAGUAAUCGCAACACGUGUGCUUGUAUCAAGCAUGCUAAUUUAGCUUUCAAAGCUCAAACUCUCAAGAAGUUAGGCUUAAUAUCGUCUGCUGAUCCAAAUGACUUGAUUUCUAAAAUAGUUUGCGAUAUUAAAUCAAAAAGCUGCAUGUAUUCAGAAUGUACAGUGUGCUAUGGAAAAAAACUUAGUUUUGCUUUUGCAACAGAUACUCAAGAAGUAUCCUGGCUUGAAUGGACCACUAAAAAUUAUGAGUAUGGAAAAUCAAAUGCACGCAAAACUACAAAAAAAACUGUAAAAGAAGAAAAAAUAGGUACGUUAAAUACACUUGCUGAUAUGAUUCAAAAAGAUCUUGUGAAAUUUAAAUAUCAUCAUUUUAAUAUUUAUCACCAGCACAAGCAAUACAAAGAAGCCAUAGAAAAUAUAAAGUGCAAUGAAAUCAUCAUACACUGCGAUUUUUCCGAAAAUUACUCGUGUAAGAUGGCUAAAGAAGUGCAGUCUAUGUGCACUUUGCAGGCUCAAGGCAACAAAUUACUUUGCAUACUGGAGUUGCGUAUGUAAAAAAUGAAAAACCUAUAUCUUUCUGUUCUGUUUCCCCGUCACUUAAGCACGACCCUCAGGCUAUAUGGGGCCAUUUAGAACCUGUAAUAUUUUUUUUUAAAGAAAAGUACCCCGCUAUUAACUGUGUUCAUUUUUAUUCGGACGGACCUACGACACAGUACCGGCAGAAGAAAAAUUUUUGGCUGUUUGGUGAAAAAACGAAGGAAGAUGGAUUUGUUCAAGCAACGUGGUCCUUUUUUGAGGCUUCCCACGGAAAAGGCGCAGCAGAUGGUGUGGGCGGAGCCAUCAAAAGAAUUUUAGAUUGUAGAGUCUCUUAUGGUGAGGACAUAGUUGAUGCUAAAUCUGCAUUUGAUGUUUUGUCGAAAGCUGAUACAACCAUAAAAUUAUUUUACGUUACUGAAGACAGUAUUAAAAAGGUGGAAAAUCCUCAAAAUAUACAACCAGUUCCUAACACUAUGAAAAUCCAUCAGAUAAUUGCUACAGACGAUAAACGUGUUAUCAAGUACAGAUCAUUAAGUUGUUUUUGCGCAAGAGGAGCCUGUGAAUGUUUUUCACCUAAAGUUCAUAAUUUUAAACAAAAACCAAUAAAAGUUUCCUGUAAGAAAAGUGACUCGAGAACUAAAAAAAAGAAGAUAAAGAAGGAGAUAAAUUCAAGUAAAAGAGCUAGGAAGAUAUAUAAGGAAUCAGACACAACUUCUGAAGAUACUGAUACUAGUGAGAUUCAAUACGCCGAUACUGACGAUGAUUACACAAGUUUUGAUGACGAGAUGACUACAGGAGAAAUAGAGACAGAAAUAGUGUAUGAGACAAAUAGAAACAGCAAAGUGAAAGUUUUAUCUGAGGUCCGAUUUACACCUGAAAAUCAAGCUUAUUUUAACUUAAGUAAUUACGGUCCACUAACGCUUACCCCAAUAGACUGUACUAAUUUUAAUUUGUGUUCUCAAAAUGAGAAAGAAAAUAUCACACAUGCUAAUCCGGAUUCAUGUAGUUCAAAAGAUAAAGACACAGAUGUGCCUGAACUAUAUAAAAUAAGUGACAGUAUAUUAGUAAGAUACUACCAAAGAAAGAGCUGGAAGUAUUACGUAGGCUUUAUUGAUAAGAUUGAAAUCAAAGAUGAUGACACUUUUUAUGAAGUUCAUUUUCUAAAGACAAUUAAAGAACAAGAUAGUAAUAUAAAAUUCAUAAAAAUACCGAAAAACAAAGAUUUUGACAUUGUUACCAACGUUUCAAUUGUUAAAAAAGUUAAAUUAACUGCACUUGAGAAAUUAGGAGAGUACAGUUUAACUGAAGAUUGUGACGAAAUAUAUUUUUAAAAUUUAAGAGUAUACAACUCUCAAUAUAUUACAUUUUUCGAUAAUGUUAGUGACAUCUUGUAUUAUCUCAUCUAGACUGUUUUUUAAUAAAUGUUUUUGAAUAUUG